AUGGCCAGCGAUGAAGACGAGGCAAAUGCAUCCGACCAAAGCGACAAUGCAGACAACACAGAAGCCGAUUCUAACAAUGACAGCAAUGGAGACGAACAAGACGAAGAGGACGAUAUCGACGAAGAGCCAGCGCUGAGGUACAAGCGGCUGGGCGGCAACAUACACACGCUUUUUGCCAAGGACUCGGCCAGCACACUCAUAGCGUCGGACAAGUUUCUCGUUCUGGGCACACACUGGGGCAACGUGAUAAUCAUAGACUUUGAGGGCAAUGAGAUUAAGAAGUGGCGGGCGCAUUCGACAACAGUUAAUAGCGUCAGCGUCGACUUGGACAACGAGUAUGUGGCCAGCGCGGGCGACGACGGGCGUGUGGUCGUGCGUGGGCUGUACAAUAAUGACCUGACCAUUGUCGAUUACAGUCGGCCGGUAAAGGCCGUUGCGUUGGAUCCGAUGUACAGCCGCAAGGCCUCGCGGCGGUUCGUUUCGGGCGGCACCUCGGGGCAGCUGGUCAUGUACGAAAAAAGGUGGUACGGGAAGAGCGACACUAUUCUGUUUACCAGCUCGGGCCCUAUCCAGGUCAUCCAAUGGCAGGGGGACCUGGUUGCGUGGGCCUGCGACGAGGGCGUGCAGAUAUACGACACCACACAGGCAACGCGCAUAUCGCAGAUUUCCAGGCCCGAGGGCAGCCCAAGGCCGGAUCUGUUUAGCUGCCGGCUGCAGUGGAAGGACGAGCGCACUCUGGUUGUUGGCUGGGCCAACUUUGUCCAAGUGGUGACCCUCAAGGACCGGGCUGUCUUACAACAGCAGCAGCAGCACCCGCAGUCGGGGCAGACAGCAUCGGUGGCUGCAGGCUCGGGCUCUGGGCCGUCGCUGUACGCCGAGAUUACUGUUCUAUUUCGCACGGACUUUGUUGUCUGCGGCCUGGCUCUGUACCGCGACCACUUUCUGGUCUUCUCGUACGGCGACCACCGCACCAUCGAUAUUAUGUCGCCAGAGCGCGGCGACGAGGUGCCCGAGGAGACCCGACAGAGGCGCGCACGCAAUGCGCAGCCACCCGAGCUGCGCAUGAUCAACUGGAACAUUGAGGAGGUUUCGAGCGAUGUGCUGGCGCUCGAGGGCUUUCCGCUGCUGCAGCCCAACGACUACGGCCUGGCGUACUGCGCGGCCCGACAGCAGCCCUCGGCGCCAAGGUCCGCUGAUCCAGCGUCUGAUCCAGCGGCACCAGGCAAGGAGCUGUCGGGCGAUGCCGACACGUGGUUUAUUUUGAGUCCCAAGCAGCUUGUGUCGGUGCGGCCGCGGGGGCUGCAGGACCACGUGCAGUGGCUGACGGAGCGUGGCGACUAUCGGCAGGCCUUGGGCGACAUCGAGGAGGCGUACGCGAAUGCCGGGCCGUGGGCCAUGUAUCGCAGCCAGAUCAAGCAGGACGAGUACCGGGCCAUCGGCCAGUCGUACGCGCAGACGCUCAUGGACGCGGGCAAUCCCGGGGAGGCCGCCGAGGUGUGCGCCCGGGUGCUGCCGCGCACAGACUCGCCCGAGUCCGUGGCAGCGUGGGAAAACUGGAUCUUUGCGUUCGCCGAGGCCAACGCGCUGGAGCUGAUUGCGCCGCACAUUCCGGUCAGUGGUCUGCAGCUGUCCAACACCGUGUACGAGAUGGUGCUGGCGUUCCUGCUGACAUCGGACAUUGCGGAAUUCCGGCACCUGGUGCUCUCGUGGCCGUCGACGCUGUUCAACGCGUACAGCGUGGUGCUGGCCGUCGAGGACCAGCUGGAGAAGACCGCCGCGGAGGGCGACCGCCGGGUGCUCAAGGAGAUUAUGGCGUUUCUAUACGACAAGCUCAACAAGCCGUCAAAGGCGCUCAAGUACCACCUGGAGCUGUUUGCCGACGGGAUCCUGGAUCGCGUGCGGCGCGAGAACCUGUUUGACGCGAUCCGCGACAAGGCCGAGCUCGUUAUGUGCUUUGACGAUCACUCGCUGGGCAUUGCAGGCGACCGGCCGGCGGAGCUGAAGGACCGGUGUGAGGCCAAGGGCGUGCAGCUUCUGACAGACAACACAGACGCCAUCCCUUGCGCCAGCGUUGUCAAGCAGCUGGUGGCCGUGCCCGAGCACCUGCAUGUGUACCUGCACACGCUUCUGGGUAAGGACGCGCACCUGGGGGCGCCAUUCGCCGACCUGCAGGUGGAGCUGUACGCCGAGUACAAUCCCGAGCGGCUGCUGAACUUUCUGCGCGUCAGCACGUACUACUCGUUCGACAAGGCGUUGGAGAUCUGCGAGGAACGCGCGUUGGUGCCUGAGAUGGUGUUUAUCCUUGGGCGAAUGGGCGACAACCACCGGGCGCUGAUGCUGAUCAUCGAUCGGCUGUGCGAUGUGCCGCGGGCGAUUGAGUUUGCCAAGGAGCAGAACGACCCGGAGCUGUGGAACGAUCUGGUGAUGUACUCCAGGGACAAGCCCGAGUUCAUCAUUGGACUGCUGGAGCUGGGCGGCACGCACACGAACCCGACAAAGGUCAUUCGCAAUAUCCCGGCCGACCUGUCGAUCCCCGGCAUCCGCCAGGCGCUGACCAACGUGCUUCACGACUACCAUCUGCAGGUGGAGCUGUGCACUGACUGCAAGCGGGUGCUGGACGGCGACUGCGAGGUGCUCUCUGACGGGCUGCGGCGGCUGCAGCACCAGGGCAUGGCCAUCGAGAGUGAGCAGAUGUGCUUGGUUUGCCAGCUGCCGCUGGAGGACAUGCCCUCGGGCUGCCGCAGUGCGCUGGCCUUUUGGUGCGGGCAUAUCUUCCACGACAAGUGCAUUCUGCUGCCGGAAAUCCUGCGCAAGACGCAUCUGAGUGAGGCGUCGGAUUCGUCGCUGAAUUUGAGGCAGCGGAAUCUGCGCAUGGUGCAUGGUCCCAGGGAGCAGCGCCGGACGCUGAUGCAGGCCAAGCUGGACCGCACGGUUCUGAUCAGGCAGUAUGACCCUAGGUGCCCGGUGUGCGCAGAGUAUGAUCAGAAGAAAUCCAUGCAGGCGCAUUCCGGCUGGUCGCCCGCUGAGCGCAUGGACCGCGCCGGGCUGCUGGCGGAUGUGGAUGCGGAUGCGGAUGAGGUGCAGGCCGAUGCGAAUGCCUUGGCGCUGGCCGGCGAGAGGGGCGAGCUGCCGCCGAUGCUGACCUUGCUGAUGUAG